AUGCAGUCGAGCAGUUGUCCUCGGAAGCAAGCAAAAAUCAUUAGAUAUAAACCGAUUGAUCCCCAGAACAAUCCACCUACAGGAGAAGAUGCCCUUCCUGAGUAUAUGAAUGUACUAGGUAUGAUUUUCUCCAUGUUGGGAUUGAUGCUCAGAAUGAAGUGGUCUGCUUGGGUAGCGCUUAUAUGUUCAUGUGUAAGCUAUGCAAACACGAGAAACGUUGACGAUACAAAGCAAAUUCUUAGUAGUUUCAUGCUCUCCGUUUCUGCCGUCGUCAUGAGUUAUUUACAAAAUCCUCAACCUAUAAUACCACCUUGGGUCACGUUUUUAUCAUGA